AUGGACAGAGGAGUGCCAGAAAGCCUUCACCGACCUGAAAGCAUACUUGGCCGAGCUGCCUGCUUUGACUGCCCCGGAGCAGGGGAGACUCUGUUCCUAUACCUGUCUGCUUGCAACGAGGCCGUUAGCGCGGUUUUGGUGCGGGAGGACAAGGGGGCUCAAAUGCCGAUAUACUACGUUAGCCGAGCCUUAGAAGGGCCGGAGACGCGGUACACACCGGCGGAAAAGUUGGUUCUCGUUUUGGUGCACGCCGCCCGGAAGCUCCGACCUUACUUCCAGGCCCACAGCAUUACUGUCCUGACGGACCAACCCUUGCGGCAGAUACUCACGAAACCUGAAAUCUCGGGCAGAAUGACCAAAUGGGCCGUCGAGCUGGCCGAGCACGACAUCGGCUACCAGCCUCGCACCUCUAUCAAAGCCCAGGCCCUGACAGACUUUCUCGCCGAGGGAACCAGUUUACCCGUGUCUGAGCCGAGCUCUAUGCCCGAGGCGGCGCGGCCGGAAGAGCCGUGGGUACUAUUUGUUGACGGGGCUUCAAGUAAGGAAGGAAGCGGAACCGGCCUGCUACUUACCUCGCCCACCGGGGAGGAGCUGACCUACGCAUUUAGAUUUGACUUCCCGGCAUCCAACAACGAGGCUGAGUACGAGACCCUAUUGACGGGAUUACGGAUAGCCCACCAGAUGGGUGUAACCGCGAUCAGGGUCCGGAGUGACUCUCAGCUUGUAGUUUACCAAGUCCGCGGGGAGUACGAGGCCAAGGAGGAUGUCAUGAAGAAGUAUUUGGCCAAAGUGCAGGAGGCGAUAAAACUGUUCGACAUCUUAGAGAUUGAUCGGGUGCCAAGCUCGGGUGUCCUCCCCAAGGUUAAAACCGAGACUCGCCGACUCCAACUCCGAGCUGCUAAAUACGCCUACGCUGGGAACAUCCUGUACCGGAGGUCGUAUUUGUCUCCCUGGCUAAAGUGCGUAACCCCCGAUGAGGGCGACUAUGUCCUCCGAGAAGUGCAUGAAGGCCUGUGUGCGGCACACGUAGGGUCCCGAGUGUUGGCCAAAACAUGCCUGCUCCUAGGCUACUACUGGCCCUCGGUGUUUCGGGAUGCCUCAGCCCUUGUUCAGAAAUGCCGAGCUUGCCAGGUGCACGCCCCGCUGCGCCAUCAACCCACUCAAGAGAUGGUCCCCAUCCAUAGUUCUUGGCCCUUUGCCCAGUGGGGGAUUGACCUCUUGGGUCCAUUCUUCCGAGCUCCUGGAAGGUACGAACACCUCGUGGUGGCCAUCGACUACUUCACAAAGUGGAUGGAGGCCGAACCCCUGGUCUCGAUCUCCGGAAGGGCGAUUCAAAAAUUUUUCUGGAAGAACAUAGUCUGCCGCUUCGGGAUUCUGCAUGUCUUGAUAUCCGAUAACGGGCGACAGUUUGCUGAAAAUACCUUCAAAAGCUGGUGCGCUGAGCUCGAGAUCAGCCAACACUUCACCUCGGUCGGGCACCCCCAGGCCAACGGUCAGGUGGAGAAUGUUAACCGAACCAUUCUGCAGGGGCUCAAGACUAGGUUGGAACUAGCCCAGUCUAACUGGCUAGAUGAACUCCCUAGUGUCCUCUGGGCUUACCGCACUACGCCGAGGACAGCCACCCAAGAGACUCCGUUUUCCCUGACCUAUGGGACGGAGGCGGUGGUGCCCGCGGAGAUCGGCCUCCCCUCGCUUCGGACACAAAACUUCGUUGCGACAGCCAAUGAGGAGGAGCUGAGGUGCAACUUGGACCUGCUGGAGGCCAAGCGUGAGGAAGCGGCGAUACGAAUGGCUAAAUAUAAAAGUCAACUCACCCGCUACCACAACGCAAGGGUGAGGAGUACGCAGUACCAGCCAGGAGAUCUCGUCCUAAGAAAGAACUCAGUCAGCCCAACUCAUAGCUCCAACAAACUUGACCCGAACUGGGAGGGGCCAUAUAAGAUCUUAGAGUCAAGCCGGGUUGAGGUCACAUCCUUAUCAGAGGAUGGAAAGGGUUUCUGGAGUGACCGCUGCCCUAAACCACUGGCUCCUUCCCGGAAGCCCUGCCAGGAGUCUGCUCCUCCUCCAGGGAAAGCUCCGCCAGCUCGGUCCCCACAUCGCUCCUGCCCACCAGGUCCUUCAGGGCAUGCCCUUUGCAGUACUCGUCGAAGAGCCAGUCCAGCUUCUCCUCGGCUGCGGGUUGUAGUCUUUGAAGUUAGCCAAAUUGAAGCCAGGUGGGUUGAGGCUCUUCACCUGGUUCAAGGCCCGCGUGGCGGCGAUCUGGAAGAUGGGCUGGUUGAGGAGGGCCACGUCCUCGGCAAAUCGUUCGGAGAAGAUGAAAUCCCGAACAUCCUUCUUGCGCUCCCGGAUGACGGUGCCGGAGAGCUCAAUGGCGUGGUCCUCCCUCAACUUCGCCACGCCCUUCUUCUCCUGGUCCAGCUCAGACCGAGUGGCGGCGAGUUGGACUUGGGCCUCCUCCAGCCCCGAUUGGCCUUAAGGGAGCCUGCCUUCUUAAGGGUCUGGGCAAGCUUCUGCUCGGCUUCCCGAUUCUUCUUUUGUAAUUUCUCCAAAUCGGGAGACAGCUCGGAGAAGCGGGUCACCAGGGCGGCACCGGCGGCAUGGGCCUAG